AUUGUGUCACCAGUCUGCGUUCGGCAUCAGUCGCCUCUACCUCGGCUCCAAGUUCUCCUCAUUCAUUAACUCGAAAAUUAAAAAUUUCUCCCCAACUUGGUUCACUUUUGAAUCCCAUUCCUCUCCAUAAAUGUCCCGUAAAACUGGGAAGCAAGUGAAAGCGAGUUCAUGAGGACGAAACAUCUUCGUCGAUUUCGCCGAUAUACCGUAAUACAAUAAGGAAAUAAAUAAAUAAUGAGUGAGACGAUAAAACCUGCGGAGAAUGGCACUAAUGAGCCUGAUCAGUACAUGCGAAAACCUUCUACGAAGACAAAGUGGCAAGCCUUCAGGGAUUUCCUCUACAACCCUUCCAAGGGUAAAGUCCUAGGGAAAACAGGAAAACAGUGGGGCAUAACAGGACUAUUCUAUCUUUUUUUCUUCACUGGAUUAGCAAUAUUAUGUGCCAUUUGUUAUAAGGGGCUGGAUGCAUCAUUAUCCAAAGAGGAACCAAGAUGGAAAUUAGGCAGCAGUUUGAUAGGAACAAGUCCAGGUUUAGGGUUUCGACCUUUAUCUGACCACACUGAGGCAGGUUCUAUCAUCGCAUAUAAUGCUGCUAAUACAACGCAAGUUGACAUUUGGGUUGGACGGCUCAAUAAAUUCCUUGAAAAUUACUUGCACACAUCGCAAUCACCAGCUGCCCGACCAAACCAACAGCCAUGCAGCCACGAUUUUCAUAAUCGUACGAAAGGCAAAGUCUGCGCUGUUGACAUUGAUAACUGGGGUCCUUGCUCACCGAAAGAGGCAUUUGGAUUUCGCAAUUCAUCUCCCUGUGUUUUCAUCAAGUUGAACAGGAUAUAUGACUGGAUACCAGACUAUUACAAUGAUUCGGAUAAUCUACCAGAAGACAUGCCUGAAAGUCUAGUGAACCAUAUCAAGAGUGUCAGGGGCAAAGAGCUGAAUACAGUCUGGGUCUCUUGUAAUGGAAGUCGUGGCAUUGACAGAGAGCUUCUCAAAGAUAGGAUUGAGUACUUGCCUCGAGGGCCUCAAGGAUUUCCAGGAUACUAUUAUCCUUACACAAAUACACCGGGAUACCUAAGUCCUCUGGUGGCUGUCCACUUCCUUCGGCCAGAAGUGAAUCAGCUGAUUUUUGUGGAGUGUCGUGCUUGGGCGAAAAACAUAAAAUACGAUAGGAAGGAAAAACUUGGAAUGGUUUCGUUUGAGCUACAAAUCGAUGAUAGACCAAAGCCAACAUUAAAACCUGCCCCAGUAGAUUUAUAAUAAUGAUAUGUUUGUAAUGACGAUUGUUAUGUCGAUGAGUAUUUACUCACCAUUGUGGCUUAAAGCAUUGCCUUAUUACCAAGUAAAUUCAGUACACUUAAUCUAUGUACUUACGACGAGAUAAGUAUGCUUAUCAAUCGAGUUCAAACUGUGUGUACUGUAAUGUGGAAAGUAACUGUUAGUCAUGAAUUUUAUGAGAAAUAUCACGUUGUAUUUUUCAAUAUUUUUUAUUAAUGACGAUUGACCGUGCUAUUUCUGUUAAUACGUAUUUCAUAAUUUUACCAGUGUUCAUAUUAAUUCUAAUUAUUCGUAAGUUAUUUGAGGAAAGUUGUUUCUGUUAAUUUUAAAAUGAUAGAUUGAAUUCACUGUUUAUUUAAGUAUAUGACGAAUGAUUAAUGACUGUAAUGUAAUAAUAAAUUUUAGAUUUAUUCGAUUCAAUUACAACAAUAA